AUGGCUCCUUUGGCCUGCGCAGCUUGUCGAUUUCAACGGAAGAAAUGCUCAGCUCAAUGUCUGCUGGCUCCUCAUUUUCCUCCAGACGACCUCCAAAGGGUUAUGAUCGUGAAUCAGGUCUAUGGAAUCAGCCGUGUCCUCAAAUUGCUUAAAGAUAUUGAACCUGAGCAAAGAGCAGAUGCAGUAAAUAGUUUGGUAUAUGAAGCAAGUGCCAGGGUGGAGGACCCUGUUUAUGGGUGUACAAGAGCGACCCACCAAUUGCAGAAGCGGAUUGCAGAUUUGGAGUCCCAGUUGGCAGCCACGCAAGCAGAGCUCCUGAAUAUGCGUUUUAUAGCUGAGACGCCUGUAUACACUCUCACUACUGAAUCUCACGAUGCUGGACAUGUUUUAGGUUCCACGUCACAACAAAGUGAAUAUACGAUGUGUGAGAAGGUGGAUCCCACGCUAUUGUGGGAGCCGCUAUGGCAAUUAUAA